GGUCCGGAAGACGGCAACAGAGCGUGUGGUCAAUCUAAACAAUGAAUAAACAUUAAAUAUAGUGGACCCACCAAUGAAUCGAAAUUAAGGAAUGGUUCAUGCACCUUUCCCUUCUUUUCCUCUGCUCCUUUGGUUUCCAGAACAAGAAAUAAUUACUAUUCCCACCAAUUAACUAUAUUUUUUUAUUAUUUAAAACAAAGAUUUCUUUCAUUUUUUUUUUUCUCCUCUUUUUUGUCAUCAUAAAUCAUUCUUCUUCCAGUACAAUGAACAACUACAACAUCAACAAAAGCACAGGCUUUUUUUCUUCUUCUCCUCACCUUUUUAUUUAUCAAUUGGACCCUUUUUCAGAUUCAGCUUCAGCUUCAGUCUCUGCAUCAAUAUUGUCGUCAGAAUAGUUCUUAUCAUAUUGGUGAAAGGGUAACUGAGUUGCUAGGUUUGCUUAUUGCAUUUGGGACAAAUAGUGUGCCUGAGGGUGUCAUUUGACAUAUUGAUGUUUCUGUGUGAGAAAUUGAACAAACCUAUAUGCCAUUCAGAAGACUUCCUAAAAUGGAGUUAACAGUAGCUUAUGAUGCUGAACACGCAAGUUCUACACCAAGGAUUCAGCACGAGUUCUGGCCAUUGGAUGAAAUUGAUCCAAAGAAUGCAAAGUUUCCAUGUUGUUUAGUUUGGACUCCACUCCCAGUAGUGUCAUGGUUGGCACCCUUCAUUGGGCAUGUUGGCAUUUGCAGGGAGGAUGGUGCUAUUUUAGAUUUUGCAGGAUCCAACUUUGUAAAUGUUGAUGAUUUUUCAUUUGGUGCUGUAGCCAGAUAUCUCCAGCUUGAUAGAGAGCAGUGUUGCUUUCCACCAACCGUAGCUGGGCACACAUGCAAGUUCGGCUACAGGCAUACUGAGUAUGGGACAUCACUCACCUGGGAUGAUGCACUACGGUCUAGUAUUCAUUACUUUGAGAAUAAAUCCUACAACCUCUUCACAUGCAACUGCCACUCAUUUGUUGCCAACUGUUUUAAUCGGCUCUGUUACGGUGGAUCAAUGAGUUGGAAUAUGGUAAAUGUGGCAGCUCUUAUACUAUUUAAGGGGCAUUGGGUUGAUAGCAUGUCAAUCCUUAGAUCAUUCCUCCCUUUUGUAGUGGUGCUCUGCCUUGGUAUUGUCAUGGUCGGGUGGCCAUUCUUGAUUGGGCUGUUUUCCUUCUCUCUUCUCCUCCUUGGGUGGUUUUUGAUUGGUACUUAUUGUGCCAAAAACUUGAUAGAGUGCUAGGUCCUUUGUCUUAGAUGUUGAAAAGUUUUUAAUGGAAGAAAACAGAUAAUGUUGUAUGGGUAUUCCUUCUAUAAGUGGUGUUUAUAAAUAGCUAAUAUGGAGCUGCUGCAGUUUUUCUGGGGAGACCUUUGUUAUCAAAAGUUGUCCACCUAGAAUCAAGAAGCGGAUUAAAACUGUAGAUUAUUGACUAAAUAAUGGAAAUUAAAUCUUCUCUCUC